AAGCUAUCCGCCAGGAUGCAAUGCGGAAAGCCGGGGCACCUGAAGCGCGACUGCCCUGGAAGGAAGCCGUCUGGAGGCGGAGGACGCGGUGGACACGGGGGUCAGGUUGGAGCCGACGGAGACUCUGUGGAAGAGGAAGAGGUGUACCUGGUACGGCACUGGGAGGAGGAAGGACCAGCUCUGUCGGCCCAGGAGGUGGAGACGCUCACCCGACGAGACUCCACUCUGGGGAGAGUUCUGACGUAUGUUCGUUCGGGAUGGCCCUCUGUAGUGGAGCCCGAGUUUAGAGCAUUUAAACAGCGCUCUACCGAGCUCUCUACGGAUGGGGACUGUUUACUAUGGGGCGGAAGGGUGGUUGUGCCCACAAAAAUGCGCAACAGAGUGUUGCAGGAGCUGCAUGCUGGACAUCUGGGAUCCGGGAAGAUGAAGCAGCUGGCCAGAAGGUAUGUCUGGUGGCCCGGACUCGACACCGAGCUGGAGAGCCUCGCCAGAGUCUGCGGGUCCUGCGUUGAGAAACGCGCGGCGCCUCCAAAGGCAAGUUUGCACCCGUGGGAACCAACCCAGGGCCCGUGGGAACGGGUUCACAUCGACUUUGCUGGGCCGUUUCAGGGCAGCAUGUUUCUUGUGGCCCAUGACAGCUACUCAAAGUGGUUGGAGGUCAUCCCUAUGAAAACUGUGUCCGCCGAGCGUACCAUCGAUGAACUGAGGUCUUUGUUCGCGCGGUUGGGUCUGCCAAAGCAAGUUGUGUCAGAUAAUGGACCACAGUUUACUUCUCGUGAGAUGUCAGAGUUUAUGAUGAUGAACGGUGUACGUCACAUCAAAGUCGCUCCGUACCAUCCGUCCAGUAACGGCGCAGCGGAAAGGGCAGUUCAAACUGUAAAGAACAGCCUGAAAGCGAGCAUACAGGAUGGUCAGAGUCUGGCAACGCGUCUGGCCAGAUUUCUGAUGUCUUACCGCAAUGCUCCGCAGGUUUCCACGGGGAGGUCGCCGGCGGAGUUGCUGUACGGCCGGUCUCUGAGGACCCGGCUCGAUCUUCUUCGCCCCGACCGUGCGCAGAUGGCUGUCGACUGCCAGGCGCGGAUGGCGGAGACAGCUGGCGGCGAGCUGCGCGGGUUCGGCAUCGGCGAGGACGUCUGGGCUCGCAGCUUCUCUGGACCCAAGUGGCGGAGGGGCCGUAUCGCUGCCAAGACGGGACCUGUCUCCUACGAGGUGGACGUCGGGGACACCUGCUGGAGCCGUCACGCCGAUCAGCUGCUGCGUGCCGGGCAGUCUGGGCGCGGGGUGACACCGGAGGACAUCGCCGGGCCUGACCGCGCGAGGACGCCGCUGGACGCCGCCAUGGGCGGGACGCUGCCGGCGCCGGCCGCUGGGCCGUCAGUGAGCGGGUCGGCGGGGGCGACGGGUUCGGUGCCGGCGGCUGCGGUGGUGGCGCCGUCAUCGGGGCCGGAGGAGGCUGGGCGGCCGCCGUCGCCCGAGGCUGAGCGGCCGCCGCCGCCCGAGGCUGAGCGGCCGCCGCCGCCCGACUCCCCUGGGCCGGCCGGGGUGCCUGCACGUGAGACUCCGACACGUGGCACGUGCGAUGUGCGCGGCGCGGACAAUGCGUCGCCGGCCGAGUGUUCGGAUGCGGUGCCGGCCUUGCGGCGCUCCUCGCGGGUGCGACGUGAGCCCGACCGCUUGGUGGUGGGUUAGUGUUUUGAUGGUCGAACAUAUGCACAUCAGUGGCUACGUUUCUGUUUGUUUUGCUUGUGUUCGGUUGCUGGGCGCUUAUUUAGCAGGGGGUGGUGUUGGGUAGUGUGUGCUGCCCUCUAUACAGUAGUUAUGUCACGUGUGCCUUUUGGCGCGCUAUUCAGUCCUGGCUGUGCCGUCCUGCCGUUUGGUCGCCCAAUACAUCUCUACUCUGAAGGUCAUCU